AAGAAGAGACGGUUUGAUUGAGAAUCCGACAACAAAUGGAGGACAUCCUGGGUCGGAGGGAGACGACAGCUCGUCCUCCGAGGAGGAUGUCUGCUGCUGCUGCCGCGGAGUCUAUCGCUAACGUUAGCCUGCUGCAAGAUGGCGAGGAACCCGUCGACCUCACAGAGAGCCCGGACAGACCGAGCGCUGCUGCGGCCAGGAUGGAGAGGAUGGAGCGGAUGGAGAGGUGGAACACGGCAGCACAAGCCGGCUACAAGCGGCAUAUGCCCAUGGAGCCUCUCAAGUUGACUAUACCGAGGAAGACCAAGGAGAAGAGAGCUUUGUUUCAGUAUGUCUCCAUUGAGUCCAGGGAGUAUGAAGAGAUGAUGAGCAUCCUGACCUCCAGCUACAUCGACACCGGCUCUGCUGGCUGCUUCACCUACUCCAAACCUCGGCUCGUCCACAGUGAGCUGCUGGAGAAAGAGUUUGUGGAGAAGAGGAAGGAGAUGAAGGCAGACAUGAGAACAGACAAAGAGCUGGAGGAGAGCUACUGUUUCCUGUUGGCUGAUGCGGUUAAACUGCCCUUGCUCUGUGAGAAGGGGCUGCAUGUGGGUCUGAGUUGGGUCACAGUGCUGGGAAACCCCAGUAAAGGAGUACAUCUGUCCAGGUACUCAGACCUGCUUCAGAUCAGUACCAUAACCCCUGGAGUCACGGGGGAGAUCGUCAUCUUCAAAGUGAUGAAGGGGAAAGUGAAGAGCAUCUACGAAAACAUGAAGAACCUUCUGGAUCCAACGCCUCGCUUCGACAGCCACAUCUCCAAGAACGCCAGCAAAGUCACAUCUCUCACCUCCUACCGCGCCUUCGAACUCACACAGCAAUACUUCUACGAAUAUUCAUUUGACGAGCUGCGGCAGCGCCCUCGCCAGGUUUAUCCGUACGCCGUCGUCUCCUUCCAGUUUAAAGGGAAAGACUCUACACUUCCCAGCAAACCUCUGGCCCCCAUCAGGUUGAGCAGUCAGUCAGUAGAGGGGAGUAAAGAGCGUUCCCAGUUCACAGUGUGGACCGGAGAUUUGGUGAAAGGUGACCGGGUUCUUUUCCAGAUCUCCCUUCGCUCCUUCUUUCCUCCCUUCCUGCCCCAAAGACUACCAGAGAAAUUGGAAAUCGGUUGGUUGAUGAGGCUUGACCAGCUGACCAAGCUCCUGCCCUCUGACCUGCUCUCCUACGACCUCUACAACAGCAGCAAAGAAGUUGUGAAGAACGGCCAUUGCUGCAGUCUUCUGGAGGUGACUGAUAGAAGUCGGUCCACGACCAGCGUGACGAGACUGCUGCAGGAACUGGAGAUGAAGAAAGUGGUUCUGGUGACUCCACUUCCAGACAGAGGCUUUCUCUUGCUGAUAUCCAGUGUUCAGAUGGCCACGCCCUCUGAGAGAGGAGAGAGCUGGAAGAGGUGUCUUCAAGCCUUGUUUGUCUUCCCAGAGUCCAGAGAUCUGGCCAAAUCCACAUUAAGGUGUGCCUCCUCGUCCCACAACGCCUCAGAGUCGUUGAUGUCUGGUGGCACGGUGAUGCCGCGGCUCAACCAGUUUAUUCCAGCGUUGCACCAUGCCUUAGUCAAGGCCCGUGCCGACCCCCCUCUCCAACUGUCUGCCGGUGUGGAGCGUCAGGCACGGGAAUACCUCAACGGCCUGAACGACUGCAAGGUUCAGCAGUACCCCAUGGGCGAGUACGAAUCCAAACAGGAUGAGCCAGGAAAACCGUUUCCUGCUCCUAAACACCACUGGGUGAUCAUGGACGGCUAUCUGCGCUCCUACCUGUACAACCCAGCCCUCUACCUGCUGUCAGUGGCCCGGGCCAAGCAGAUGGUGGAGGAGCUGUGUAGCCCCGAGGAGCAACGGGAGGUGAAACUCAGGAAGAGCUGUGGAGGUCAGAGAGAAGCGGCGGGGAAGGAGGCGACCAGCAACUUUAAAGACCGACAGACCAACAGUCAAAAGAUGCAGCAGCUGGUAGACCUGGUUAUGACCUGUAAGAGGAAUGCAGAGAAUGAGGUGAGGAAGGAGGAAGGAGGAGGAGGAGGAGGAGGGGUGAAGGUACCAGGGAGGAAGCGGAAAUUGGAACAGGAGACGGCAGAGAGGACGCUUAAGUUCCUGAAGGCAUCACAGGAACCAGGAAGACACAGCAAAGUUCCCGUUGAGGAAAGCCAAGUCCCUGCCUCUCCUGGCUCUCUUGCGUCUGUGAUUGGCUCUGUGGGUUUGAAGGACGUUGAUCUGAGGGAAGAUGGAUCUGAACUAGCUGCUAAACUUCUAAGUCUGCUAACAGGCCUCAACCAGGCUGCCAGGGGAACGGCCAAUCAGAGCCUCUGUGAAGUGCAAGAGGAGGGGCCAAGGGAAUCCUGUCCAUUUGAUAGGUUGGCCACCAAGCUGGGUCUGCCCACCAACUGUGAUAUUGACCUGAGGAAGCAGGAGGAACUGGAGGAGCAGACAGCGGGCAGCGUCAGUAGUUUGGAGGGAUUCAGUCCCAGCUCCCACAGCGGGGAGAUGAAUCACCACGCAGCAGCAGGUAGAGGAGGAGGAGGGCUCGGGAAGAAAGCAGGAGGAUACGAAGAGGAGGAGGAAGAAGCUGAGAUCCGGUGGGAGAUCCCGUGGAUCCUAAUCCCCAUUACAGGUGUGUGUUCACAGAGGUACACCCAGAGAGACAGAAACAUCCCUCAGGACCCUCGCUUCCAGCACCUCACCAUGGCAACAAGCAUCACCACAACAACCAAACCUCCCAGGAAGAGCCCCACCCCCUCUCCUGAGCGGAACCCUCCACCCUCCCCCCUCCAGUGCCCAUCCCCCGAGCCCAGCCCUCCUCACUCCCCCUCCCAGUGCCCAUCACCCCCCCCUAGCCCUCCACCUUCACCCUCCCAGUGCCCGUCUCCAGAGCCCAGUCCGCCCGCUUCCCCGUCUCAAUGCCCGUCCCCGGAGCCCAGUCCUCCCCAAUCUCCCUCCCAAUGCCCGUCUCCCCCGCCCAGCCUUUCGCCUUCUCCUUCCCAAUGCCCAAACCCUCUGCUUGGCCGCCCCCCCUUCUCCUCCCGGUGCCAGUCUGCGGAGCUUAAUGAGCUCAGCUCGUUAAACAAGGAACACGGUGGUGCUAACGAGGAGCAGUUGGACCCCACAGCCUCCAGGGAGUCUGCAGGAGUGUCAAAGUACAGAGAAGAGAAACCUCAGGGGAAAGAAAAAAAGAAUGAAGAGCCAUCCAUUUCUGCAUCCAUCCAGUCAUCUAUCCAUCCAGCUGCAGAGAGGAGAACGAGCCCCUCACCACCACCCACUGAGCGAGAGAAGGAAGAUGCAAAGGGGGUAACUGGGGAGGUGCAAGUAGAACUUUUAGAGCAGGAAAAAGAAACUCAGCCAGUUGAGAGAGUGCAAAAGCGAGGGGAAGAAGAGGUGAUGGAAAUUAUACAUGUGUUAGCUAGUGAUGAGGAGCAAAAAGGAGAAUCGAAGGAACUGGUAAGUGGCUCUUUGCUUUCAACGUCCAUCUCCUUACCUCCUUGUCGUCUUGACAGCGUUGUGGACAAACAUUUGGGCGACUUCUCCUCUGAGAUGCAGCUCCUCCUGCAGGAGCAGAGCGUUCAUUACAGCUUCCCACAGCCCCCACACUCCACUUCAACACAGAAACCGCCGCACCUCAACACACACUCCCACACACCCCCAUAUCUCAGUUUUCACAGUAUGUGUCUUUCUACAACCCCUGCCCCCCAGUCCAGAACUACGUUAGCUCGCUACAAGACAGGAUUGACAGCAUGCUAACAGAGUUUGAUGACAGCUGGCCGAGCCACAAGCCUGGCACCAACCGGACUGAUAUUGAUGCCGCACUGGCAAACAGAGUUAGUGAUUUGUGUCCAGCAUCCGAGCAGCUAAUGCUAAACCAGGCGAAGAUGAUGACAGCCUCUGUGAUGAACUGACUGCUGCUGACGUCGGUACGUCAGUCAGUCAGAAUCCUGCACCCCACAGAGGAGGUGAAGUGUGGCAGCA